AUGGUGGAAAUGGUUGGCUCUGAAAAUGUGGUUCAUUUAGUGACUGAUAAUGCGCCUAACUUCAAGGCUUCAGGUAGAUUACUUACGGAGAGAUACCCAAAUAUUUCUUGGUCUCCAUGUGCAGCUCAUUGCAUGAAUUUAAUAUUGGAGGAUGUGGGAAACAUGCCUAAUGUUAAAGAGUUAGUUUCUGCUGUCUCAAAGAUAACUAUCUUUGUCUACAAUCAUAAGUCAACUUUAAAUUUUUUGAGGAAGAGGCAAGGUUGGAGGGAAAUCAUUCGUCCAGGAGAAACCCGCUUUGCUACCACUUUUAUAUCCCUUCAGAGUGCAUAUGCACAUAAAGACGACUUACAAGCUUUGGUAGUAGAUCAAGAGUUCAGGCAGUUUCUGAAAACAGAGAAAGCAAGAUAUGUCAAGACUGUUGUUUUGGAUGAAAACAUGUGGGAGCAUUGUUUGUUGAUCGUAAGGAUUAUGGCUCCAAUGAUACUAUUGUUGUGUGUUUGUGAUACUGAUGAGAAGCCAUCAUUACCAUAUGUCUAUGAAGGAAUGUAUCGAGCAUGUUUAGGCAUCAAGAAGAUAUUUGGAAAAAAGAAGGAAUUGUAUAAGCCUUAUACAAGUAUCAUAAAGAACAGGUGGGAUAGAAUGUUGCGCCAUGAUCUUCAUGCUGCAGCAUACUUCUUCAAUCCAGCUUUCAUGUAUGAUCAAAAGAACUUUUCAAAAAAGCCUGAGAUAUUGAAAGCGAUGUUAAAUUUGAUGGAAAAACAAAAAGGGUCUGACAGAACAAAGAUCUUUGACGGGAUGACAAUGUAUAGAGAACGUGAGAAAAGCUUCUCACUUUCAUCAGCUUUAAGUUGUUUGAAAACCACUCGUCCUGAUGAGUGGUGGAAGUUCUUUGGAUAUGAUGUUCCUGUUUUGCAGAAGCUAGCAAUUCGAAUUCUUAGCCAAACUGCAUCAUCAUCAUCGGGCUGUGAGCAUAAUUGGUUCUCAAAAAGAAAGAGGUCAUAUGAUCCGACUGAUUAUGAGUCCAUUGAUAAAACUGAUUUCUGGGUAGUAGAAGAAAGUGGAGAAGCUGAACUUGAUUAUGAUAAACUUGAGAAUGCACUUACUGAAGAAAACCCAAAAGAUGGAGAAGAUGCAACUUCUGACACCUUGGACUUGAACGGUACCGAAGAUGAAGUGCCAUUCUCUCAAGAUGAUACAGCUGAAUAA